AUGUCGUCCGUAAACAAGCCUACAGAAGCGAGUGCGCAGACACCAGAUCAUUCGAGCACGGCGCCUUCACCGAUUCCGCGGGAUGUGCGACUUGUGUCACUGAUCCUCGCUAGCAUGGGUAUUGACGAUGCCGAGCCGGCCGUCAUGGUCCAGCUCUUGGAAUUUGCACACCGGUACACGACGCAAGUCUUGCAGGAUGCCCUCGUGUAUGCGGACCACGCAUCGUCACGACAAGGCGGCAGCAACGUCUCGAUUGACGAUGUCCAGCUGGCGAUCCAGAGCCGUGUAAAUUACAGCUUUACACAGCCACCGCCCAAAGAAAUGCUUCUCUCCUUGGCCUCGUCUCUGAACAGUGUCCCUCUCCCACCCGUAUCUAAUCGGUAUGGCAUUCGCCUCCCUCCGCCAGAGCACUGCCUGACCAACGUCAACUUUGCUAUCGUGCCUGAUGCGCCGCCCGUGUCGGCGUUUGGAGAUGCUAUUGUGCAGCCACCGACAGCGCCUGCCACCACAAAAGCGUCUGAGUCUACAGGCGAUACAUCGAUGGCCGACGUCUCCAUGGACGAUGAAGGACCGACGCAAGGCACCAAACGUGCAUUGGAUGAAGAUGACGACUAUGAUUAG